AUGGCCACCGAAAAACCGACGUCAGCCACUCACGUGGUGAAUUUCAUCACGGGCAACAAGAACAAGCUCGGCGAGGUCAAGGCCAUCCUGGAGCCCACGAUCGAGGUCCGGAGCCAGGCGCUGGACCUGAUCGAGGUUCAGGGCACGCUGGAAGAGGUCACGAUAGCAAAGUGCAAGAGUGCUGCAGAACAGGUCGGCGGCCCCGUGCUCGUGGAGGACACCUGCCUCUGCUUCGACGCGCUCAAGGGCCUGCCAGGACCAUACAUCAAGUGGUUCAUGAAGGACCUAGGCCACGAGGGUCUCAACAACCUGCUCGCCGCCUACGAGGACAAGGGCGCCAAGGCGGUCUGCACCUUCGGCUUCUCGCAGGGCCCCGGCCACGAGCCCAUCCUGUUCCAGGGCGUCACGCAGGGCAGGAUCGUGCCGGCGCGCGGGCCGGCCAACUUCGGUUGGGACCCCAUCUUUGAGUACGAGGGACAGACAUACGCCGAGAUGGACAAGAUCGAGAAGAACAAGAUCUCUCACCGCGGCCGGGCCCUGGAGAAGCUGCAGGCCUGGUUCGCCGAGCAGACCUCCAAGUGA